AUGGCGUCUUCUCAGGACGCUUGGUAUCUCUCGUUGCUGGGUCUGGCCGAGAAUUUCCGCACGUCGAGUCCGCCGAAUAUCAAAUCGUGCAUCCAGUGUCUGCAGGCAGUCUUUAACUUCAAGCCACCGCCGCGCGUCGAGGCGCGCACCCACCUUCAGCUUGGCAACAUCCUCCUUACGCACACCAAAAACAUCGAUUUGGCGCGAUCGCACUUGGAGCAAGCGUGGCGGCUGAGUCAGAACAUAAACACGUUCGACGACGUGAAGUUCGAGGCUGCUAGUGUGGUAGCGGAGCUGUACGAGCAACAACAACAACCGAACCUGAGUAAACCGAUAUUGAGGAAAGCGAUCGAGUUGUCACAGCACAAUGUCUACUGGCACUGCAGACUUAUCUUUCAGCUCGCGCAAAUUCAUGCGUCGGAGAAGGACUUUGUCGCGGCUAGCAGUUUACUCGCAGUGGGCGUUGAUUACUCCCACAUAAGCAAUGCCAGUUACACGAGAGUGCUCUUUCUUCUAAGCCGAUGUAUGCUUCUGCUAAUAGAUAAAAAGUUUACGGAGGUGCACCCUCUUUUGAAUUCAGCUGGCCAUCAUGUAGAAAAUUGGCAGGGUAGUCCACAUCAGAAGGAAUAUUUGAAAGUAUACUUUUUGGUCCUCCAAGUGUGUCACUAUCUCAUGGCUGGACAAGUGAAAAGCGUGAAACCAUGUCUGAAACAGUUGCAACAGAGCAUACAGACUAUAAUGUCGCCUAGCUGGCCAACGGACGAUGUCGUCACGGGUUCCAACAUAGGAGACAUGUUUAUAUGGAUGCCGAAGGAUCAUCUGUACGUUUUGGUGUAUCUGGUGACCGUUAUGCACUCUAUGCAAGCCGGAUACAUGGACAAGGCGCAAAAGUACACCGACAAGGCGCUUACUCAGAUUGAGAAAUUGAAAAUUGUUGAUAAUAAGCCUAUUCUGUCCGUGUUUCAAUUAAUGCUCUUGGAGCACAUAGUCAUGUGCCGGCUUGUGAUGGGAAACAAAAGUGUAGCGCUCGCGGAAAUUUCUCAAGCCUGCCAGCUCUGCAGGCGACAGCCUAGACUACUUCAAGGCCACAGACCUCAAUUACAUGCGUUACUAGGCUUGUAUGCGAUGUCGAUGAAUUGUAUGGAAGCUGCGGAGGCUCAAUUCACCGCUGCGCUCAGAACAUCACAGGAAAGGGAACUGUGGACGUUCGCAAAUUUGAAUUUAGCGAUAGUGUAUCUUCGAACAAAGAGGGACGCUGAAUUGGGCGCGUUAUUAGAAAGGAUAAAUCCAGAAUCUCUGCCGUCUCAUUCUCAUUCCUUGAGGGCAGCUGCAUAUUAUGUACAAGGACUCCAAGCAUUCUUUGGUGCUAGAUAUAAUGAGGCAAAGCGAUAUCUUAGAGAAACUUUAAAAAUGGCAAAUUCGGAAGAUUUGAACAGACUCACCUCGUGCAGUCUUGUGCUUUUGGGACACAUAUUUCUCUCGUUGGGAAAUAGUAGAGAAUCGAUGAACAUGGUCACACCUGCGAUGCAAUUAGCUUCUAAAAUACCUGAUGUACACGUACAAUUGUGGGCUACUGCUAUUCUUAAAGAUUUAUACAGGAUUUGCGGUGACCCAACUCACGAGAGUGAGGCUUACCAAAUGCACUGUACAUUCUCGCAAACUCUUUUGAAGGAUCACUUUCAGAGUACUCAGAUGGGCGAGCACUCGCUCAUUCAGUGGACAGAUGGUCCUGUGCCUGCGUUGUCAACCAAUCCACCACCAUCUACGUCGCAAGCAAUUCUCUAAUGAUAUAAAAAGAUAUCUAGGUGUGUUUAUUUACUCGAAUUCUGUCCAGGAUGUCUGCUGAAGCCAUAUAAUUUAUACUACUUGUUUAUUGGAUCGUCAAACAAAAUUGGAUUCAGCGCUCUACUCACAGUCUCACACAGAUAUAUUAAAGGAAUUAUAUUUAUUGACGCUUUGAGAAAAACAAAUAGAUUUGAUUACGAACGAAAUAAAGAAAUAGGACUAAUGGAUAUUUCAUAUAAUAUCCAGACUUGUUUAAUGUAUGAGAACUUGCGAGAGUCUAUGGCGACUAAUUUAUAGUUGUUUAAUCGCGAGGCUUGAUAGCGAUUUAUGUUAUUUGAAUCAUCGAAAUUACACGGCAGGGACUGACUACAUAUAUAUAUAUUUAGAUCAUUCAUGACUUCCCCUUACUUCGGUUUGUACAUUUUUAAUUAAUUUAUGCAUUACAUUUUUUUUCUCCUUUUUUGUAGGAUUAUACUUUCUUUAAUGAAAUGCGUAUGUGUGUAAAGGUUGUUGAAAAGAAACACUAUUAACUUCUGGGAUUAAUAGCGUUGUGAGUAAAAGAGAUGGGGAACAAACAUCAAAAUCUCUUUUUAGAUUAAAUUUUUUAUAUACUGAAUUAUAUAAUAAGGAAGAGAUGAAAUUGGACUAAUUAAUUUAAAAUGCACACUUUAAAUUUUAAGUUGGAUGAACUUUACUCGAGUAGAAUUAUCAAUAGAACUUUACUUUCUUAUCGUGUCUCUUUUUCUAAUGACCAAAGUAAACACUAAUAAUUUGGCUGUGGACACAACAGAAUAACAGCACAUUCAUUAAGCGGUAUAAUAGAGAAUGAUAGGUAUGGAAAUUUGCAAGUCGAUUAAAAAAAGCAAAUUUUUUACCUAUUGUACAUUUGAGAUGUUUGGUACAUGUAUUUUUAUUAAAAUGAUAUAUGUAUGUAUUGUAUAAGUAUACAAUAAAAAUAUAAUUGUUAUUAGUAUUAGUUACAGUAUAUAUAUAUAAAUAAAAAAGAAAGGGGCCUUAGAAUGUUGUAACUUAAACGGCGAAGAACUGUCGCAUAAAAAUUCUUUGCUUCGUUUAAAUUACGCUGGACAUAUUUUGUACAUAUUUUUAGGAGUAACAGAAUAUACAUACACACAACAAACUAUGGAAUAGAGAAUGUAAUAAAAUACAGGUUUGUACAAAUAUCUCAUCGUUUUUACAAGAGAAAAGAAUAUGCAUACGGACUUUAUUUCUCUUGUAGUGUGUUUCUUCACUAUUUAAGCGUUAUUAAGCAAUAUAUGGGUGCUAUCGUUCAGAUGAUUGACGUAAUACGAUCUACAACUGCUCUGGUGUCAUUACAUCGCUGUCGGAGAAAGUAAAUUCAAGAUAAACUGCUAGUAGACAAUCUUUUGACGAGUUGAACAAACCAAUAAAACUUUACACGAUAUCGCA